AUGGUCCCCUGGAUCUUGCAGAAGCCUCAUAACACGGGCCCCUGGAUCCUGCAGAAGCCUCAUAACACGGCCCCCUGGAUCCUGCAGAAGCCUCAUAACACGGCCCCCUGGAUCCUGCAGAAGCCUCAUAUGGUCCCCUGGAUCCUGCAGAAGCCUCAUAACACGGCCCCCUGGAUCCUGCAGAAGCCUCAUAACACGGCCCCCUGGAUCCUGCAGAAGCCUCAUAUGGUCCCCUGGAUCCUGCAGAAGCCUCAUAACACGGCCCCCUGGAUCCUGCAGAAGCCUCAUAACACGGCCCCCUGGAUCCUGCAGAAGCCUCAUAACACGGCCCCCUGGAUGCUGCAGAAGCCUCAUAACACGGCCCCCUGGAUCCUGCAGAAACCUCAUAACACGGCCCCCUGGAUCCUGCAGAAUCCUUAUAACAAGAUCCCCUGGAUCCUGCAGAAGCCUCAUAACACGGCCCCCUGGAUCCUGCAGAAGCCUCAAAACACGGUCCCUUGGAUCCUGCAGAAGCCUCAUAACACGGCCCCCUGGAUCCUGCAGAAGCCUCAUAACUUGGUCCUCUGGAUCCUGCAGAAGCCUCAUAACACGGCCCCCUGGAUCCUGCAGAAGCCUCAUAACACGGCCCCCUGGAUCCUGCAGAAGCCUCAAAACACGGUCCCUUGGAUCCUGCAGAAGCCUCAUAACACGGCCCCCUGGAUCCUGCAGAAGCCUCAUAACACGGCCCCCUGGAUCCUGCAGAAGCCUCAUAACUUGGUCCCCUGGAUCCUGCAGAAGCCUCAUAACACGGCCCCCUGGAUCCUGCAGAAGCCUCAAAACACGGUCCCUUGGAUCCUGCAGAAGCCUCAUAACACGGCCCCCUGGAUCCUGCAGAAGCCUCAUAACUUGGUCCCCUGGAUCCUGCAGAAGCCUCAUAUGGUCCCCUGGAUCCUGCAGAAGCCUCAUAACACGGCCCCCUGGAUCCUGCAGAAGCCUCAUAACACGGCCCCCUGGAUCCUGCAGAAGCCUCAUAACACGGCCCCCUGGAUCCUGCAGAAGCCUCAUAUGGUCCCCUGGAUCCUGCAGAAGCCUCAUAACACUGCCCCCUGGAUCCUGCAGAAGCCUCAUAACACGGCCCCCUGGAUCUUGCAGAAGCCUUAUAACACGGCCCCCUGGAUCCUGGAGAAGCCUCAUAACACGGCCCCCUGGAUCCUGCAGAAGCCUCAUAACACGGCCCCCUGGAUCCUGGAGAAGCCUCAUAACACGGCCCCCUGGAUCCUGCAGAAGCCUCAUAACACGGCCCCCUGGAUCCUGCAGAAGCCUCAUAACACGGCCCCCUGGAUCCUGGAGAAGCCUCAUAACACGGCCCCCUGGAUCCUGCAGAAGCCUCAUAACACGGCCCCCUGGAUCCUGCAGAAGCCUCAUAACACGGCCCCCUGGAUCCUGGAGAAGCCUCAUAACACGGCCCCCUGGAUCCUGCAGAAGUCUCAUAACACGGCCCCCUGGAUCCUGCAGAAGUCUCGUAAAGCGGAAAACAGCUUGAUGGAUAAAGAUCAGGAAGAAGAAAACCGAACAAAAAGCCUUGUGUCCGCUCCAGGGAUCUGCCCCUUAUAA